CUUUUAGGGUUUAUUCGAAGUAUAAACUCUGUGGCUUUCCAUCGUGUUGCUUCUUUUCUUUUGCCGCACUUGCUUUGCUUCUCCUCAGUGUUUGAAUUUAUAGAGUCGUCUACUCUUCAAGAUGCAGAACGAAGAGGGUCAGGUCACGGAACUAUACAUUCCUAGGAAAUGCUCUGCUACUAACCGGAUGAUCACGUCAAAGGAUCAUGCCUCCGUGCAACUCAACAUUGGUCAUUUAGAUGCCGAUGGCAUCUACACCGGUCAAUUCACUACCUUGGCUCUCUGCGGUUUUGUUCGUGCCCAGGGAGAUGCUGACAGUGGUGUGGACAGGCUGUGGCAGAAGAAGAAGGUCGAAGCCAAACAAAUCUAAAGAGCCUAAUUAAGCUGUCUUUUUUUCUUUUGCUUUGUUCUGAAUGUUGGUUAUUUAAUUCAAAAAGAUCAUCGGACAUAAUGAUAUUUGCUCGACUCUUGGUGUUAUAAUGCUUCUUUCACUGGCUUGUUCUAAUUUUCCUCCAGUGAGAUAUAUUUCACAAUUUGUCGAACC